AAAGUUGACUUACAGAUCACUAGUGUUUAUCAUCGCCUCAAACGUGGGAAAUUUUAGCGGAACGCAAAUUUUGCAAUUUUUCGCAAUUAAUUUUAACAAAUAUUCUUGCUUUUAUAGAUAUUUUACGAAAACCCAAGGUUUUCAUUGAAGAUAUCUACAAAGAAGUUAAGAAAACAACGCUGGAAGAUUCAUAAAAACAAAACGAAGAAAGGUCAAAAAUCUGUCUCUGAAGAAGAAAUAAAAAUACAAAAAAGCAGGCGUCGUAUCGUGCGUGUAUAGCAAAAAAGAACUUGAGGGAACCACAGCAAAGCAAUAGAAGCGUUGAGCGACUUAACGACAAAAAAUUGCAAAACUUUUUGUCAAAUAAACGAGUUUAAAUUCCGUUUUAAACGUAGCACGUGAAUCCGUGUAAGCAAAGGGAGAGAAUUCAACAUUAGAUUUUGCUUUUUCAUUGCAAAUUUUUGCCUAGUUCGUCAAUUACACACGCCGCUUUGCCUAUCCUCUUUUUGAAAGAUACACAAAAACAAGCAGAAGCAAACGGCGCAUUCAUAGAAUCGAUUUUUGACCGGCUUGUGUGCGGUUUUUUUUUUGCUGUUGGUUGGUUGUGUGUUGGAGAACACAAGACGAAAGCAGAGAGCGAGUGGUGUACAUUGAAAGCAUAAAAGUGAAGACGGCAAAAAUCAAAACAAAAAACAAUGGGAGCCUACCUUUCGCAGCCUAAAACGGACAAACUGUCCACAGAUGAACUGAAUGAAUUUUUAAUUGUGGGAGCCAGUUCGAUGCAAGGAUGGCGCAAUAGUCAGGAGGAUGCCCAUAAUGCCAUUUUGGAUUUCGAUAAGAAUACAGCAUUUUUUGCUGUAUACGAUGGUCACGGCGGUGCUGAGGUCUCAACAUACUGUGCAGAUAAGUUACCCAAUUUCUUGAAGGAGUUGGAGGCUUAUAAAAAUGGCAAUUUUGAACAAGCGCUAAAAGAUGCUUUUCUGGGCUUUGAUAAAACUCUGCUGGAACCAGCUGUCAUAGAAAUACUUAAAGUAUUAGCUGGCGAAAAGAACAAUGUCGAUGGAGACGACAGUGAUGCUUUGGAUGAUGACGAGGAUGAAAACUUGGCUGAGCUACAUGAAGAAGGCAGCUUACCCUUGGAUGAGGUAAUGGAAAAAUACAAGGGUCACCCAUCUAUGCCAAGUUUGAAGAAACUAAAAGAUAGUGGCAGCAGCAGCGGACCAAAACCACAAUCGCCAUAUUUGCGGGGUAGACGUGCAGCUGCUGUAAUAGCCGAUGCAGCUAAUCGAGCUGAAUUGGAUCCAGAUUCCAAGCCAGAAGGUUCAUCAACAUCCAAGGCUGCUUUGGCCGCCCUUCAAAACGAAGAAGGACCUAGUUCUUCAAAGGGAGCCUCAUCCUCGUCGGCAGCGAAUAAAAUGGAAACAGAGGAAGAUUCAACUGUUAGCAGCAGUAGCAGUAGUGCAAGCAAGACAAAUAAUACCAGCAAUGCAACUGCUAAUUCAACAGAAGCUGAGCCUUCAUCGUCGAAAGAAUCGAAUGGAAAAGCAACAGAAUUACCCGAUUCAUCUGCCGUUAAAGAAAAUGAACAAAAUGGCAGUGUAUCGUCCACGGAAACAAAAUCAGCUGCCGCAAAGGCAAAUGAAGUCGUGGUGUCCGCCUCUUCUGAUAGCACUAGCAGCAGCAAUACAACAAGCAAACAAAAUGGCAAUGUAGAAUCCUCUACAAAAUCAUUGUCGCCAAGCAAAAAUGAAGCUAACAAUGCUUCUGAUAUAAGCUCCACCAGUAAAGAGCAGAAGGAGAAAAAGAAUUCUGCAUUCUCUGAAGAUUCCAAUGACGAUGACGAGAUGGAUGCCAAUGAAAGCAAUGCCCGCCAAGCAUUGGAAUACUCCUCGGAAGAGGAGGAAGAUUUGGGUGACGAAGAUACCACAGAAGAUGAAGAUGCCGACUAUGAUGAUGACGACGAGGUCGAUGACGAAGACGAUGAUGCGGAAGACGAAGAAGAUGAGGAAUCAUUUUUGGCCAAUGAACAGUUUUGUGCCAAUAUGAUUGAGGAACCUGGCAAAGAUAGUGGCUGUACUGCUGUUGUGGGUCUAUUGCAUGGUCGUGAUUUGUAUGUGGCCAAUGCCGGGGAUUCCCGCUGUGUUGUCUGUCGCAAUGGCAAGGCAAUUGAAAUGAGUUUGGAUCACAAACCCGAAGAUGAUGAAGAAUCAGCUCGAAUUGUUAAGGCCGGUGGUCGGGUAACUUUGGAUGGCCGUGUCAAUGGUGGCCUUAAUCUGUCAAGAGCAUUGGGCGAUCACGCCUAUAAAAUGAAUGCCGAUUUGCCCGCAGAGGAACAAAUGAUUUCGGCAUUGCCCGAUAUAAAGAAAUUGAUAAUAUCACCGGAAGAUGAGUUCAUGGUUCUGGCCUGUGAUGGCAUUUGGAAUUUUAUGACCAGCGAAGAAGUUGUCAAUUUUGUGCGUCUUCGCCUUAAGAAUGAAAAUGUAAAAAUGUCGGAAAUAUGUGAAGAAUUAUUUGAUGCUUGUUUGGCACCCGACACCUUGGGAGAUGGCACAGGUUGCGACAAUAUGACUGCCGUCAUUGUGCGCUUUAAACCGCAAAUUUUGGAUUUGCCAACAAAAAUUGAUCCCAAAGAGACCGAAGAUGUUCUUUCACUGGCCAGGCAAAACGAAGUUGAGUCCACUUCACCGGAGCAAAAAGCCCAAAAACGCUGUGCUUCGCCCACCUCGGAUGAUUCCAAUGAAGCUGAAAAUAAGACAAAACGUUUGAAGACUGAAAAUAAUAAAGAAGAGGGCAAUAAUGCUACACAAACAUCCUCGAGCAUAACUACAACCACAACGUCAAGUAAGACCGGCGAUGCUGAAGAGAGUAGCAGCACCACAAACGAGUCAUCAAAUAAAAACGAAGAUGCAUCCUCUUCUAAUGUAGUAUCCUCAACGUAAAGCGUUUGUUUUAGAACCACCCCACCAACAACACCCCUUCUAUGAAAAAACAAUAACAACAAUACGCAUACAUAUGUAAACUUCAUUAACCACUCCUCAUAUUUUUACUACUUCAUCAAAUUAUUAAUUACUACAAAGAAACAAAACAUACAAACAAACAAUCGCAAGGCAAUUAAACGUAAAGUCUUGAAUUGGACUUGUUUUAUUUUUAAGUUGGUGUGAAAUAUUUUUAGCCACGAAUCCUAGACCCACACAUACACACAAACACACAAAACCGUGUCCCACGUUAGGUUUUAAGUUUAUAAGAUAAAUUUAUAACACAGCCCCAACCCCCUCAAACACCCAAGAUAAUAAAAAAAGAAUGAAAAAAAAAGAAAACACAACACACAUUUAUAUUUGAACUUGAAGACACUAUUAAUGCAUUCAAAAAAGAAAUAAAAUUAACAAAGGACAUUAAAUAGCAUAAGAUUAACAAUAAAAAGAAAAGUAAACAAUUACUUGUUGUAAACACCCAA